AUGGACAAAAGAGACCUCGUGAGAUUCGCUGUGGUUGUGACAUCCGUUAAGCUGUUCAGCCAGCUCUAUGAUCGGGAUUGUCGGCGUCGUUUCAUGCCUGAUGGCGCUUGGUUGUGGCCUUUAAUGCCUACGAUCAGGGAAGUUGUGGACCUUGAACUGAUGAAUGAGGAUGGUCCUCACGGUGCGGACGCGACCUACAUGCUGAUGAAUGGGAAAACGCCUUCUCCGUACGCACGUGCAGCGCUGAUCCUUGUCACGAUUCCGCAAGUUUUGUCGUUCAAUGAACGUGUCCAGCUUUUUCAAAAGCUGCUGGACGAUGCGAAGGCGCAAGCAGGCAACACGCGCGACGAAUUUUCACGGGCUUUGCAGGUUCGGAUUCAACGCCACGAGAUUUUGCGCGACGGUUAUGAUUUCUUUCGAAAAGUGUGCGACGUCAUGUCUCCUGCAGCCCUCAAGUCGCGCAUCAAGGUCACAUUUAUCAACGAGCAAGGGCUCGAGGAGGCAGGUAUUGAUGGUGGUGGUGUGUUCAAGGAAUUCAUGGACAAUUUGACGAAGAAUGCUUUCUCACCAGAGUUCGGAUUUUUUAUAGAAACGGAUGAUCAUCUCCUUUAUCCUAACUCAAGAGCGAAGUUCAUUGUGAACAACGCACAAAGAAGCGUUAGAACGCUACCGAUUUCUGGGGCGACUCUUGGCGAAUGCUGUAUUUGA